AGAUCUGAUAUCAACUUUCUUGGUCUAGAAUCUAGACUCUAGUUAGAUUUUUUAAUAACUCACUAGAAAUCUAAAAAUUAAGACUGUUAUUUUCAUUAAAAUGGAAGACGAAGCUCCCGUAAUUUAUGGGUUGGAAUUCCAGGCACGAUCAUUGUGUGCUCAAGAGUCUGAAACAGACAGCAUCAGAUUUCUUGUUGGUACACAGUCUCUCAGAUCUGAAAAUCAGGUCCACUACAUUGACUUUGACGAUGAAAACAAUAUCAUCAACAAAACUAUAUUUCUUCAUCGUGAAGGUGAAAUUUGGCACAUAAGCUCAUCUACUUUUGAUGCGUCACUUUUUUCAACAUGUUAUAAUAAAACUUCAGAUUGCAAGUCUGAACUAAAGGCUGCAGUGUGGCAGAUCCCAGAGAGUACAGAUGCUUUCAACUCAUCCAGUGAGGACACAUCAAGUGCUCACCCACACCUACAGCUCAAGUGUUACUUAACUCCUGAAGAGAAUGUUGAUGUUAAAAGUAUUUUAUGGCAGCCUGCUGGAGAUAGUCACUCAGUCAUUGGACUCUGUGAAGAUAAAAUUAUUUCUUGGGAUUUGAACUCCUCAACAUCUAAAGUUACUAGUAGCUUUAAUGUUGAAGCUAGAGGUCAGCACAAACUGACCUGUGGUCGAUGGAACCCUCAUCACAAUUGUAAUCAGAUAGCUAUAGCUAGUGACACAUCAAUUAGAGGAUUGGAUCUUCGCACAAUGAGCCAGGUCUUUCAGAUUGAGUCAGCCCAUGGACAGCUUGUCAGGGACAUUGACUUCAACCCAAACAAACAGUAUUACCUUGUUUCUUGUGGUGACGACUGUAGAGUCAAGUUUUGGGACACUAGGAAUGUAUCAGAGCCUUUAAAAGUGUUGUCUGAACAUUCCCAUUGGGUUUGGUCAGUUCGUUACAAUCACUUUCAUGAUCAGCUGGUGUUGACCUCCAGUAGUGACAGUCGAGUUAUUUUAAACAGUGUCAUCUCGCUGUCUUCUGAGCCCUAUGGCCAUCUGUUAGAGAAAGAUGAGAAUGAAGAAGGUGACUCGGACAGUUUAAAUGAAGGACAACAGGAGCCUGUAAAAGAUGGAGUGAUUGCCACAUAUGAAGAGCAUGAAGACAGUGUCUAUGCUGUGGCCUGGUCAAGUGCAGAUCCCUGGACCUUUGCAUCCCUGAGUUAUGAUGGUCGUUUGGUAAUUAACAGAGUUCCUCGUUCAGAGAAAUACAAAAUUUUAUUGUGAUUAUUGUAUUAUUAGUUGAAUUUUUGGUGCACUGAUGAAAUGUAUGUAUUGAGUUCAUUAUUAAAAUACCUCUAUUCAAUU